AUGAAAAAACUAUUUGACGCCUUCACAGGAUAUAAAACCCCAAUACUUUCUGCAAUAACUGUGGCUUCGCUCCUAGGAGGAUCUUCUGGGAUUUUCUCUUCAUAUAAACCAAUAAUGACAGAUGUGGCAAAGUCUUCCUCUCUUCUUUUUUAUCUUCCCUUUUCGGUUGGUGACUCUGUUUCUAUAAAUAAUACACAGGGAAGGGUCUCUAAGGUUAAUCUUCAGUAUGUCACACUAGAAAAUAAGAGUGUAACGACUUACAUACCAACACACCUUGUAUACGGAUCAAUCAUUAAGAUAUUUAAGUAA